CUCUUCGUCUCCACCUGUCCCAAGAAGGUCCAUUCCUUUUCUCGUAGCUGCAUGCAGCUGGCCAAAAGCGGAGACGCCGUCUUCCGGCGCCGGAAACCGCGUUUUCGUUCUUCUCCGGUGUCUGUACACCCGGUUUCCACCCUUGUAAGGGCAACGCGGCUCGGCAACUGGGGUGUCUUCGCAGCUGUUCCCUCUUCUUCGUUCACACUUUCUUUGGCGCUUUCUUCGCCUGGGGCUCCUGGUUUCUCCAGCCUCGAGAAUCGGUCUUCGCCUCUGUUCAAUCUAGACAUUCUGCAGACGAAGGAACUUCACUGCGUAGCGGUUUUUACCUCUCCGCUGCAACCCCCAACCGAGUCCCUCUCUGCUUUUUCUGCAGAUCCUCGCCUUUCGUGUAGCCGCUUUUGGCUCUCCUGUACCUUCCCGUUUCUCGUCUGUUCUUUCUCUCCACUUUGUUUUCCUUCUUGUCACUCUCCGUGUAUUCUCUCUUUUUCACGGUGUGCCGUCGCUCACCGUUUUCAUCUUGUUCUUCCUCUUCUCUCUCUCCUCAUCUCUCUUUCCGCUGCUUCUCUCCGCUUUUCUCUACUGCCUUCCUCCCUGCGUUUCUGGUUUCCUCUCGUUCCUCACAUUUUCGUCGCGUUUUUCAGUCGUUCCCUCCUCGCUUUGUUCGCGCUCUCCUCCGCAUCCUCUUCCUGCGUCAGGAGGCUCCAGGCAAGGGAAGCAGACGGAGGAAAGCUGCGUCGCAGCGCCGAGAGAACCUUUCUCGUCCUCUGGGCGCGAAAGCGUUUGUCGCCCUCGUGGUUGUUUCUGAGAAGCGGAGAGUGGAGUUUGUUCUGAGCGAAGUUUCUUCUCGCACACAGCGAGACAGACGGCGAAGUCAGAGCGCCAGAGAGAGAGAAGAACAAGCGUCAGAGAGCGCCAGAGAGAGAGAAGAACAAGAGCCAGAGAGCGACGAAGAGAGAUAGAGAGAAGAACAAGAGCCAGAGAGCGACGAAGAGAGAGAGAGAGAAGAACAAGAGCCAGAGAGCGACGAAGAGAGAGAGAGAGAAGAACAAGACCCAGAGAGCGACGAAGAGAGAGAGAGAGAGAAGAACAAGAGCCAGAGAGCGACGAAGAGAGAGAGAGAAGAACAAGACCCAGAGAGCGACGAAGAGAGAGAGAGAGAGAAGAACAAGACCCUGAGACCGACGAAGAGAGAGAGAGAGAGAGAAGAACAAGAGCCAGAGAGCGACGAAGAGAGAGCAAGAGAGAAGAACAAGGGCCAGAGAGCGACGAAAAGAGCGAGAGAGGGAAGAACAAGACCCUGAUACCGACGAAGAGAGAGAGAGAGAGAAGAACAAGAGCCAGAGAGCGACGAGGAGAGAGAGAGAGAAGAACAAGGGCCAGAGAGCGACGAAGAGAGAGAGAGACGGAAACGAGAAGGAACAGAAGGAGCUGGACGUACACCGAAGAGGGAUGGAACGUGCGCCGUGGAAGCCGGCGGCGCGUACGCGUCCAGGCCUGGCGGCUGACGCAGGCGAAGAAGCAGAUUUGGAAGCGAGUCGCUUAGGUGAAGAAGCAGAUUUGGAAGUGAGUCGCGCAGGUGAAGAAAGCGCAGAACCUGAAGGAAGCGAACUCGAUGAUUGGCUGGAGGAGAAACGGCGGCGAGAGAUCUGGCGGGUCCUCUGCCUCCCGGAGGUAGAUGACGAAGGCUUCGUCGACCUCACAGCUGUUCUUCGUCGUUCCUUGACGAGAAAUGCGCCGCCGGGGUGGGCGGUUCACGGCGCAGACUUCCAGGCGGAAGUCGCGAUGCAGGCUGUCGAGGUCGGUGAGCCCCCCAUGGACGUUGGAUACAAUCUCGGCACCUUUGCUCUCGGACAACAGAAGCUCGAUCACGUUUCUUCCUCCACUGCUUCUGUCUCAGCUUUCACUUCUCCCUUUUUUUCCUCUCCCUCUUCUUCUUCCUCUCCCUCUUCUUCUUCCUCUCGCUCUUCUUCCUCUCCCUCUUCUUCGUCCUCUCGCUCUUGUUCUUCCUCUCCCUCUUGUUCUUCGGCUUCCGCUUGUUCUUUCGUUUCGUCGUCGCAGCCUGGAAUGCGAGAGAGGCUGGCGUUUCAGAUGCGUCUAGUGAAGGGGAACGUGUCAGACGGAGAAAUGGCGUUCGUGAUGAAUCGUCUGCUGCGGCUUCUCUUGCCCACUUUGACCGAAGGGAGACAUUUCCCUCAGACGGUCCUCCAGUGUGUCUGCUUCCAUCAGCCUCUUCGCAGAGUCGUCCGUGACGCCUGGGAGACAAAAGGCAGGCGCACGCAGAAGGCCGCGAGUCCAGAGAGCUCCGAGGAGACAGACUCCCCACAGAGGAAAAGAGAGGUGAAGACGGAAGAGAGAGCGCGAGAAGACAGCGCGUCCGAAGACGCCUCCCUCCUGCUUCUCCACAGACUGCCGCUGCUCCGAGCUUUCUGCCGCUGUCUACUGCACGCCUGCCUCGCCGUCGACGAAAUGCUCCAAGGCGCCCGAAUGGACCGGCUUAUAUUCGAAGAAGACCACCGCAGCUUCUGGCCAGCUCGGCGCCUGCUGCAACUGGCAGACCGCCGCGAGCACCAGCUCGCGUCGUGGUCGCCCUCGAAAGAAGAAGAACAAGAAGAAGAACAAGAAGAAGAACAAGAAGAAGAGCAAGAAGACGACCGAGAAGGAGAACGAGAUGGAGAAGAAGAGAGAGCAGGAGAGAGAGAAGAGAGAGAAGAAGGAGAGUUGCACAGACAGAAGGAAGGAUUGGAAGAGACUUUUUUCCGAGACGAAGCACUGGGUAACGAAGGGAGGUGCGACGACUUGUUCCUGAGUGUGGGCGAAGAAGAAAAGCGUUCUUGUGAAAGAGGCCGAGGGGAAGAAUUUUUUUUCGAGGAAUCUCUCGCAGAGGCAUGGCAAGUCUCUGGGGUCAACGUAGACGAGCUGCUGGCACUCCAGGGGGGCGAAGCUGGAAGCGCGAUUUGUGCGCUGAGGAAGGAACUUCGAGUUUUUCUCCUCUCUCGAAAGAAUCCAGUGAACAUGCAGAAGGCUCCCGGAGACGCGCGCACGGAAGACAACCAGGAGCAUGUGGAAGGGAUUGCCUUUGCGUGUCGCUUCGUCCUCCACUUUCUCCUUCUUCUUCUCGAGAUGCAGCGCGUCGACGCCGGCCUCGUCGCCGCCGUGGAGCGCUUCCUCUCCCGACCCCCAGAGGCGGAUUCGCGACAAGUCUUGCAGCCGAGAAGCUCUUUUCUCUCUUCGUCAGAAAACAGGGGGAGAAGAACCGCGAAACACAAGCAUUGCCGUACAGCUGAAGCCACGAAGGGUGAACAAGAGCGAGAAGAAGAAAAGGAGAGGGAAGCAGAACAAGAGAGUGAACAGAAGGGAGAAGAAGAGAGAGACCGAGAGGAAGAACAAGAGGGAAAACAAGACCGUGUUAUCACGACACUGCUCCGCAUUUUGGAGAGGUCCAGGCGACAGAUAGAUUUGCUCAGUGAGCUCUUGGAGAGAGAAGAGAAACGUAGCAGAAAGAUCAGAGGAGACAGGCGAACUCGACAGGCGAGCGACUCGCACGCUGAACGAGAGCAGGGCAUCCGAGAUGCAGAAGAAGGCCCCCGAGAAGAUGACGACGAUGAAAAAAGUGAAACCGCAUGGAACGCGACACUCUGGUUUGAUCCGCUCUUCGUCCAGCAGUGUGGAGUUCUGCCUCUUCCGCCUGUUCAGCCGCCGUCUCGGCGUACCUUCUCCGCGACCUCAGUCGCUCUUCUGCAGCGCCUCUCGACUUUGCUUCGAAUCUCUGCGUCUUCGCUUUCUUCUCUCUCCCGUUCCUCUUCCGAAGAGUGCCGUCUCGACUCUUCUUCCCCCUCUGCUUCUUCCUCUGCUUCUUCCUCUUCUUUUUCCUCUUUUUCCUCUUCUUCUUCCUCUUCUUCCUCUUCUUCUUCCUCGUCUCCUUCUUCUUUCUCUGCUUCUUCCCCCUCUGCUUCUUCCCCCUCUUCUUCUUCUUCCUCUUCUUCCUCUUCUUCUUCCCCCUCUUCUUCCCUCUUUUCUUCCUCUUCUGCUUUUUCGUCUUCUCCUCACUGUGCUUCUGGAACUUCGGUCACGUGUUUCGGAUCGUCUUCUUUUCUCUGUUCGGAGGACGCCUGCCUUUUCCCUCGGUUUCUUCUUCAUCAGUUAAACGCCCUGAGACCUUGGCAAGAGUCUCUCUCUGCGUCGUCUCUGGGGUCGCGUCUUUCGGCGAAUUCCCCACCGGCGUAUCUCCACCGGUAUGCCAUUGCAUGCGUUGGCGCAGCGGCGGACGUCCUCAAAUUUACUUCAUUUCCUUCCUCUUCCUCUCGUCCUCCCUCACCUUCUUCUCUCUGUGCUUCUUCCUCUCCUUCUUCUCGCUCUUCUGCUUCUCCGUUCAUGUCGGAAGUCGUUUUCUGUUCUCCCUCGCUGCUGCCUGCACUGGCGGACGACGUGACGCUGCUUCGCGUCUUCGCUUUGCGGCUUCUUCAGACGGUGACGGCGGCGGCUGAAGACUUUGAGGGACGCCGGCCGCGGUCGAGGCCUCUGCAGGAAAAGAUUUUCGCGCGUCUCUCUGGGCGAGAAGGCUACGCAGAGAGCGAAGGAAAACUCCCCACAAAAGAGACGAAAAAGGCAGACCGAACUCUCUCGUCUCCAGGCCCAGUCUCGUGGCGACGACAAGCCGAAAUCCUUCUCCUCGCUCACACGAAAGCGUCGCGCUUCCCUGUCUCUCAACUGCGGCAACAACCGCCUGUCACAGAUCGCUGCUCCGCAUCUCCCCUGUCUCCCGUGUCUCCUCUGUCUCCGGUUUCUCCUUCUUCUCUGUGUGCAGAGAGUUCGGUUUCUUCAUUUGCGGCGUCGACGGCCGGCGACCGCGGCUCGCGCGCGAGGCAGUUGAGUGGGAAGAAGACAGAGUCACUUGGGAGGAAGCAGCGGAGCAACGCGGACCGGAAAGAGAGCGCCGCGCAGGAGGCGGUCCGCGCGUUCGUCGAUUCUCUCGCAGAAGCUCUGCAGGCGAACGCGACGAGCUUCCACCUGAGUCUGGCGAGGCACCACCGCGACUUGAAGCGCCGCAUGCGCCAGGUGGCGGGCGUCCUCCAGCGCGCCCUCGCGGUGCAGGCAACUCUCGCCUCUCUUCACCUUGAGAUUGGAAAAAACGGACGUCUCUCUUCCUCCUGCUCCCAGUCUCCUUCUUCCUCCUUCUCCGCGUCUUCUUCUUCCUCCUGCUCCGCGUCUUCUUCUUCCUCCUGCUCCGCGUCUUCUUCUUCCUCCUUCUCCGCGUCUUCUUCUUCCUCCUGCUCCGCGUCUUCUUCUUCCUCCUGCUCCGCGUCUUCUUCUUCCUCCUUCUCCGCGUCUCCUUCUUCCUCCUGCUCCGCGUCUCCUUCUUCCUCCUGCUCCGCGUCUCCUUCUUCCUCCUGCUCCGCGUCUCCUUCUUCCUCCUGCUCCGCGUCUUCUUCUUCCUCCUGCUCCGCGUCUUCUUCUUCCUCUUGUUCUUCUUCUUCCUCUUGUUCUUCUUCUUCCUCUUGUUCUUCUUCUUCUCUUUGGGGUCCAGCUGCAGCUCCAGCGGUCGUGGCUCUUCGACUGCUUUUGUCUCAGCAGCGGCGGCGCUUGCUGCUCUCGGCUUCGCUGGACCUCUUGCGUCCACAAGAAAAAUGUCUCCUUUUUUGGCAUCUCUUUCUCCUCGACUUCACUGAGGCCCAAGUGACCAGCGCCGACCCCGUUCGUUUCGCGACAUUUUUCGCCUCCUUCCUCUCGCCGGCUUUCGCUUCGUUGCUGUCCAGCGAGAGGGUGAGAGAACUGGAAAGGGAGAGCGACCUCCAGGGCGCGAAACCGACUGCAGACUCGCGCUCCACACAGCUUUCUCCCGGCGCUUCGUCUAGACGCGCUGGAGGCGAGGCCGCCGCGACGAGAACUGAAAACGCAGAGACAGAUACGUUUUCAGACGGUUUCCUUCCCGCCUGGUUUCUCUUCUUCUGCCUGUUUGUAUUCGCCAGUGUCGCGACAGUCAAGUGGGGCAGAGGCCUCGCCAGUCUCUCGCAUGGUCUUCUCGACUUCCUCUCGCAGUCCUACACGGCGAGAAUCGAGCCUCUUGUUGUUCUUCUCCGAGAGCUCUCCUUCCUCGCCUCCUCGGCUCGCCUUCUCAACGCUUUCCCUCUGAGUCUGCCGCCUCUUGGGGGAACGUCUUCAUCUUUCACAUCUUCCUCUAGCUCCUCGUCUCUUUCUUUUCCUUCUUCACCUACGUCUUUCGUCGCUGCGAGAGACGCCUCUCGCCGGCCUGCCAGACUGGCUGAAGACGCUGGAGAGGCUGCUUGCGAGUGUCAAGGGCAGACCCCCUGCGAGAUCCAGGACUCUGCCUCCGCCUCUCCUGCGAAAGCGAAGGAAGAACCACGAGGAGAGGCAGCAGCAGAAGAGAUAGAAGAAGAGAGGACGCUAGGGAGAAAACACGACGGAGAGAGCAGAGCGUUUCCAGGGAAGGGAAACAGCGAGAAUGGCAGUGCGAGGAACGCAACGGUUUGCCCUCUCUGGAGGCGCUUCUCGUUCGAAGUCUUCGUCGCGGUAGUCGAAGAAAUCAUGCAGGAGCCUCGUCGAUCGGUCUGCGCUUGCCUCGCGUUGCUAUCGCGCUUCACUGCCGCUGGACGCAGUUCCUCGUGGAGAGAAUGCCCACAGAAGCCGACGAAAGAGACUGAGAAGAGGCUCCAGGAGAGAUCCAACUCACAAGCGGAAAGCGAUGGCGACACCAAGAAGGCCGAAGAAGCCUUUGUUCAGCACGCGCUCCACGUUGUCUGGUCGACGGGAGAGGCUGUGAUUGCGGCGUUGAAUGCAGAGGACGCUGGGGGCGGCAAAGCUCAAGUGGCUUUCGUCCUCGACUGUCUGCGAGCUGGGGAGUCCCGCAGUUGAGAAACCAAGAACGCUGCGGAUCCGGGGAGACUCCGAGUGUACAAACAGCUAGGAGAGACCUUUCGUAGGUCGCAGACGAGGCGAGCGAUGCACCCAGUUUGCCGGCGACACCGAGCGAAAAACAAACAGGUGCUCGUUGUGAGGGAGGUCCAAAUCUUAGGCUCAAAAAACGAAUUUCGGCGGCCCUUUUGAGCCUUGCCUCCACGAAGUGUAUGGACCCUCACGCAUGUGAAGAGGCCGAGACGACCGGGUGUAUACACACUCAACAAACGCGUCCGCGACGGAGCGGUUCUUCUUGGAAUGUGGAAUUCGUGAAGGGUGGAUUUUUGACGAGCUGAGUCGAUUUUCUUUUGUCUCGUCACACUUUCGACAGCCGCGCCAGUCGCGUCGCCUAACAGAUGAGUGAAGCAGCGAAGAAAGAGUGAAAAUCCAAAGUGCCGAAACGCUGAAAAGAACUCGUUUUCCGUUGUCGGAAUCCGGUGGAGUCAGGCGAGGUCCUGAAAUUCCAACACACUGCACGACUUUUUCCUCAGCAUCUUCUGAGCUUCCUCUUUUCCCCAUACUCGCCACAUUCACUCUCGCUUCUUUGCUUCCUUCUUCUCUCCUGUAGCUGCUUCCCUCCCUGGAAAAACGCGUCCACGUACUCCUAUCCUAUACAUAUAUGUAUAUAUAUA